UUCAAUAAUUCAGGAACGUCUGAUAAGACCAGGAAGAUCCACAGGCAGAUAACAGCGACACCCCCGACAGACCGUGGGAAUACAACCGCUAACGGUGGCGUUGCAGCAGGCGGACAGAGGCGCUGAUGGAGUCUAGCUGGGAUGAGGCUCCACUCAUGGCCGUAAAGAACAGUUUGCGUCUGCACCACCAGCAUCAGCAGUGUUUGUAAAGGCGCUUUGUGCAUCGCUAAUCCGCUCUGAUGUCACAGUGCAGAAGGAGGGGCUGAGCUUUCCGCUUUAAUCCGAGCAAAUUGUCUGGAGGGACAAGCCGAACGAGCAGGCACGAAAACAGUGGCAAUGUGUACUGCAGCAGCCGGACCCGGGCCUCUCCUCGACAUGCAGGCUUUCCUAUGAGCGGGGCUUUCUGUGAGAUAAGGGGAGCAUGUUCUGAAAAUUGGAGUUGGAUCACACCCCAGCCAUGAGCAAAAGGUAUCAGGAAGAGGCAUCCGGGGAAGCAGGCGAGGAACACAAGGUUGCCUCAAGGAGCAGGCAGCCCAACGGGACGUCUCUUGGGGACCCUCCUGUACGUCGGUCCUGGAGGCCGUGUCAAAUGCUCAACCAGGAUGGGGAACUGAAUCCCCAUCAUCAUCACCAUCAUCAUCAGCCUCCUCACCAACACCAACCACCCACAGGUCGCGGACCAAAUCGGCAUCGCCGGCGGCCUCCAUCAGGACAGGGCCAGGCUCAGAGUCUCGGUCAGGACCCAGCGGCAGCUCCUUCCAGGCCAGACGGGGAGGAGAGCCGAGACACUGAGCCCUGUCCCGUCCAGCAACCCCGCCCUGCUGUCAUGCGUUACCGCCGUCAUGGCGACCCUAACCCCAGACUCAGAGGGCACAGAAUAAGGCAACCAAUCAGAGAAAUGCAGGACUCUUUGCCUGUUGCGGAUGAGAGAGAGAGUCCAGCAGAGGUGCAGGUACAGCAACGCUCAUCAGACAAUCCUGUAACAGACAAAUUGCAGGACAGGGGGUCUCCUCACCUGACUCCCAUUGCAGUUGUUACCCCCACCCAUCUCUCACCUGUUCCUGCAACCCAAAACAUGCACCCUCAUCCCCAACACACUCUGCCUGCUGAGGCAGAAGAGGACCUCCAGGAGUGUAAAGUAGAGUGUGAAAAGGAAUCUGAGGAAGUUAGGGAGAAUGAUAAAGAUCAAGAACAGGCGGAGGAUGAUGAAGACCACCGCCCAACCCCAGGUCACUCCAGCUGCGGCCCUUAUGACGUGCAGACAGUUGAUCACAGAACAGAGCAAGGUGCAGAGAGAGUGGAGGAGGAUCAGGAAGAAGCGAUGGAAGAUGUAGUGGAGGACAUAGCAGCUCAGGGAAGCGAAAUUACUGAUCUCUGCUCUGACACGGAGAGCGCCGCCUCGCUCAGUAUGGACGCACCUCUCCACAGCCCUCCGCCGCUGCAGUCACCAACUCCUCCUUCGUCCCCUGAGGUUCCACCUUUCCCCCAGCUGGACCACUUUAGUGAGGACACCAGCAUGAGCCCUGUGCCCGACAACGACCUGCUGUCUGAAGAUGAAGAUGAUGAUUGCUCUGAGUCGUGCUCGCCGUCUCACUUUACUUCCCGUUCUGACUCCUAUCCGAAAACCUAUGCAGACUUUUAUACAGAGUCCCACCAAAAAUCGUCUGUCUACAAGUCGUACUCGGAGCCCAAAUCCCAUCCUAACUCUUUUCCUGAGCCCCUUAAGACCUCCUACCCCGAUUUACAAAAAGAAUCUCGCAGGCAAUCUGGUUGGAGGACUGAGACUAAUGAGGCCCAGGAGGAGUCCCGCCAAGAGCCUGUUACCAGCCAUAGACAGGAGAAUGUACAAAAAGGGGCGCCAAGCUCCCCCACCAGGGGCUCGCAUUAUGCACCAAGGCAGGGCAUAGAGCGCGGUUCACAUCAUUUCCCUCUGGACCGUUCUGUUGGCUGCCGGCUGCACCAUUAUGACGGACAGUCUGACAGCGAGGGGGACAGCGCCAAUCAAAGUCCCGUUCCCAAAAGUCGCAGGCAGGCGCCCAGACAAGCAGAAACCCAGGCUAAGAGCCCCUCUUCAGGGCAAAGUAGCUCAGGAGAGCGGAGUGCUGGAAGUCUCCAAGUGGAAGAAGGUUCAAGGGGCUCAGGAGACGCCAUCAGCCUUGCAAUUAAAGACAUUAAGGAGGCGAUUGAGGAGGUGAAGACUAAGACGGUCCGCUCCCCCUACACACCUGACCAGCCUGUGGAGCCCAUCUGGGUGAUGAGGCAGGAGGCCAGCCCCACAGAGGAGGUAUACCCACCGCCAACUACAGCUGACCAUUCUUGCCCUAUCUCCCCCAGUAAGUCGGUGCCUGAGUCUCCAUCCCGCUACUCCUCAGUUCCAGUUCGGGAGCCGGUCAGUCCACUGAGAGUUGAGUCAGCCAGAGCACUUCAUCCUCAACAUUAUCCCCAACAGCAGCCCCAACACAGCCAUCAGCACCACCGCGGCCACCAUUCACAGCAGAGGGACACGGCAAGGCCGCCGCAGACAUACACACAGCCGCAAUCCUACACACACAUGCCGCCUAAUUUGCAUCACCAACGUCAACAUCAGUUUCAACAACAGAAUCAACAUCAGCAGCAGCUUCCAGCUCAGCGGCCGCGGCCUCCACAGCCUCAAGUUCAGCCACAGCCUCCUCCACAGCCGCCCUCUGUCCAGGAGCUUCGCAGAUCUCUUCCUUCGUUUCCAACAUUUGUGGACGUCCCGGGGCCGUGCGACCCCGAAGACCUUAUCGACGGCAUCAUCUUUGCAGCAACCUACCUGGGCUGCACCCACCUGCUCUCAGAGAGGACGCCCACAAAGAGCGCCCGCAUGCAGCAGGCACAGGAGGCCAUGAGCAGAGUCCGGGCUGCUCAGAAACAGGCAAAGAACAGGAAAAAGAGCCCCGACGGGGAGCCUCCAUCCACUGCUGAGGUUGAUUUGUUCAUGUCCACGCAGAGGAUCAAAGUCCUCAAUGCAGACACUCAGGAGUCUUUAAUGGACCUGCCACUGAGGACGAUCUCCUAUAUAGCCGACAUUGGUAACAUGGUGGUGCUGAUGGCCCGGGGGAAGAUGGUGCGCUCCCGCAGCGCGCAGGAAAACCUGGACCACGCAGCCGAGCAAACUACCAUGAGCCACGAUGACAGACGGCUGUACAGGAUGAUCUGCCACGUCUUUGAGUCUGAGGAUGCCCAGCUGAUUGCUCAGUCCAUCGGUCAGUCUUUCAGCGUGGCCUACCAGGAGUUCCUCAGGGCCAAUGGCAUCGACCCAGAGGAUCUGAGCCAGAGGGAGUACAGCGACCUGCUCAACACUCAGGACAUGUACAACGACGACCUCAUCCACUUCUCCAAGUCGGAGAACUGCAGAGAUGUUUACAUUGAGAAGCAGAAAGGAGAGAUUCUGGGUGUGGUGAUAGUGGAGUCGGGCUGGGGGUCCAUCCUUCCCACCGUCAUCAUCGCCAGCAUGAUGCAUGCUGGUCCGGCUGAGAAGUCCGGUCGACUCAACAUCGGAGACCAGAUCAUGACCAUCAACGGGACGAGUCUGGUGGGUUUGCCGCUUAGCACCUGUCAGAGCAUCAUCAAGGGUCUCAAGAGUCAGUGCAGGAUCAAGAUGAACAUUGUGCGGUGUCCUCCCGUGACCAUGGUGCUCAUCCGCAGGCCGGACCUCAGAUACCAGCUGGGCUUCAGCGUCCAGAAUGGCAUCAUCUGCAGCCUGAUGAGGGGAGGCAUUGCUGAGAGGGGGGGUGUCCGCGUCGGCCACCGCAUCAUCGAGAUCAACAGCCAGAGUGUCGUGGCGACGCCUCACGAGAAGAUUGUUCAGAUUCUGUCUAAUGCCAUGGGAGAGAUCCAUAUGAAGACGAUGCCUGCAGCCAUGUACCGUCUGCUGACAGCACAGGAGCAGCCCGUCUACAUCUGAACACUCUCUCACUACAGCACAUCUCUCUUUUUAUUACUGUCUAGCCAUCUUUCAGUUGUUUUAAAUCCCUUUCUCCUCUGUAUUCUGUUUGAUAUCACUUGACUUGCCUUAAUCUGUACAGUACACGUAUGUCAACAUGUACAUCCACAGUAUGACAGCAGAAAGACAGAUUAUCUCACUAGGCCGAGUGUUAAUGUGACGUGUUAUGUUUGACCAAAGAGAAAUCAUGGAUUUUAUGUGCAUAUUUAGGUGGCAAACGGAGUAAAUAUUAACUUGGGUUAAAUAAUUAAUAUCUGAAUGUACUUUAAUCAUGUUGGACCUAUACAUUGUCAGGGCAACCCAGACAAUAAAUUUACUUUUAAACUGAAGAGGUCAAGUUGAAGAAAGGGGAAUGCAUGUACAAUUCUGCUGAAUAAACUCUAAAGAAAA